AUGAGACCUAAUACUCAAUUACCUCCAAAGCAUAAUUUUAAUAGUUCAUUUAAUUAUGAUUGGGAUCUAAUCAAUAAGAAAAGAGAAAUUGAAAUGCUUCGACCUCGUGAAAUUUGUCCAAAACGCAAUCAUUCAUUUCAUACUACUUCAAAUGAUUGCGAUAAAUCGAUACAUAAUCGUUCUUUUGAAAAAUCAAUUUAGGAAACAGAAAAAGUUAGUUCAAGAAUGCAAAAUGAAUUUGGCUAAUUAAAGACUUUAAUUUAAAAAAGACGUGAUGAGAUUGAAAAAUAAUAAAGACAAUAAGAUCUUAAACUUUCAAUAUCGAUUCCCUAAUAAACAAUUAAGGAAGAAUCAAAAAAAUAUAAGGAAGAAACACCUUAAUUGAAUUACUAUCAAACUUUUAAACCUAUUUUUGCAUAAUUAAAUUCAUUAAUUGAAAACUCAAAUACAAAAGAAUAGGAUAGAUAAAGAUUAGUUACUUUAUUUGAUUCGAUAGAUUAAGAAUCAAUAAAAAAAAGCAAAGAACCAGAAUAAAUGUUUUAAUUAGUAGAAUAAUUAGUAAAAGAAUUUGUUAUUCCAUCUUUAGAAUAACAAACUCCAUCUUAAUCAAAUUCAAAAAGAAGCUACUUAUAGACACAAUCUUCUAAUUUUAUAAAAUAAUUACCUUCUCAUAAGUAAGUACCUAAAUCUAUUGAAUAAUCAAUUAGUUAUAAGAAUGUUUUUGAAUUGCCUUAUAAGAAUCCUUUUUAAUUUUAUUCUUAAAUAAAGAAUAAUGAAAGCGGAUAUUAUGAAUAUUGUAUUAACAAUAAAAUUGUAUCAGGAGAAUCAAUUAAUAGCUUUAAUAUUUCAAAAUCUUAAUCUUGCAAAUUAACCAAUUCACAAUCUAAUAUAUAAGUGGAUGUAAAAUAAAUCAAAUAAUCCUUAAUUUAAUAAUAGACAUAUAGUAUUGAUGAUUAAUUUUCACUUGUUCCAAUAACUCAUUUUAAGAGGAAAGUUAUAUAUGCUCUUAAUUACCCUUCUUAUUAUUGUAAAUAGAUUUAACAAUACAUUUAAUUAACUAUAAACAAUUAAUAAUACAAAUUUGAAUCUGGUUUGAGUAAGCUAAAUAAGGUAGUGUUAUUGUAGUUUAGAAUGAAAAGAUAGUUGGUUUUUGUGAAAGUCUUACAAUAUAAGAAUAAAUUAAAGAAGCUAAAGAUAAUAAUUUAAAGAAUGGGAUUUUAGAGAUUGAAAUAAAAUUACUAUUAAAUAAAAUAUGAAAAAAGUAUUAAUAAUAAUAUUUGCAAAUUGAUUCUUUAAGCAGCUAAAUAGGUAAAAAAGGAUUAAAAGAAUUAUGCAAUUUAGUUAUUCAUGGUAUUACAAAAAUAUUAAAGUAGAUUGAGAAGUAAUGCAAUAACAUAAUUAAUUGGAAAUGAUGAUUUAAUUAUUAUGCUUUAAGCAUUAUAAUCAGAAAAUUCAAUAGAAAUGUAUAUGUAAUAAGUAACUUAAUUGAUGGGCGAAAAGUUAGCAGUUUCAAUAUUGAAUAUCGAGAUAUUAUCAUUAACUUCCUAUUUACCUGAAUAUGGAUUAAUAUAAGAAUAUUUUGAAGAUAUUGAUGAUAUUUCACAAUUCAACACUCUUUAUUAAUUAACUUUAAAUAUAAAUACUGAACUAAUAAAUAAUUAAAAUAUAGAAUUUGAAAAUAGACAUAUAUGGAAGGUGAAUGAUGAAAUAUUUUUAAUUACAUCAUCUAAUAUGUAGACACAUUAUUUGAGUAAAAUAGCUUUAAUAUUGACUAACGGAAUAAAUAAUUUAAGAUAGAAAUAUUUAGAGUUUUUUAAAUUUAUAAGAUUAAGAUAAGAACAUUAUUAAUAGAAAAUGAAGUCUAGAUUUUUAAAUAGAUGGAGAAAUAAUUAAAAUGUAUUUAUUGAUUAAUUAAGAAAUGAAUUAGUUAUCUCAAAAUAAGAAUAAGAUUAAUAAUAAAAAUUAAUUUAUUAAUAUGAAUUGGAAUUGUAGAACAUGCAAAUAUAAAAUGCAUUGAAAUCUAAAUACUUAAGUAGUGCUAUGUUGGAAAAUACUAUAUCUAAGAGAGAGAAUGAUUUAUAAUUAAAGGAGGCUUUCUUAAAAUUAUGGAGAAGCAAAAAUAAUAAUAGAAAACAUUUUUAGUAAAGAUUGUAAACAGGAUUAUUUUUAUUGGAAUCAGCAGUAUUAAAGAUUGAGAAAUGUUAAUUAGAUAAAGCAUUUAGAGAAAUAGCAUUUUCAUACAUUUAACCUACAGGUACUAUACCUACAAGUCCAAUAUAAAAAAAUACUAAAAGAAGUUAUCAUACAAGAGAAUAGACACGAAGAAGUUAAGAAGAAUUAGAGUAAUCUGUUUUAUGGGAUGUUCAUUAAAUGAAGAUUCAUACACCAAAUGAACAUAAAGGAUAAUCUUUAUCACCUAUUACUGCAAAUACUAUGAAUUAAUCUUUCCUUAUUGAAAAUGAAUCUCUAUAUCAAUAUCAUUCAUAAAGAUGGUAAAAAAUUUAAAUACUAUAUAAUUAGUACUUAAUAGCCAAAAAGAAAAGCUUAGUAGUAGUAAUCUUCACAUUUAGAUUAAGAGAAUGUGUAAAUAUAGAAUAAAAUAUGUUCUUAAAGGACUAAAGAUUUUGUUCGUAAAAUAUCUCAGCCCAAAUAAUAAAACCAUAGAAGAAUUAAUUCAACAUAACAAGGAAGUUCUUUUUCAUUUUAUGAUUUAUAACAUUGA